AUGGUCCGACGAUAUAGUAGUUUGGAAGUAUUUGCGGAUGCGAUCGAGGCCGAUGGUGAAAGUUCUACGACAAGGUCUAAGCGUAAAGUUGUUAACAGCGACCGUUGGGAAGCUGGAGAAAGAUUGUUUCGCGACUACUUUUCUGAUGAACCGAAAUUCGAUGAUGAGUUUUUUGAGGAUAGGUAUCGUAUGCCUAAACGUUUAUUUCUAAAGAUUGUUCAUGAUCUUGAGUCACGGUACAAGUAUUUUCAAGAAGGUUACGAUGGUAGAAUGAAAAAUAGUUUUACCGCGAUACAGAAAUGUGCGUUUGCCAUUAGGCAGCUUGAAACCAGUAACCCACUGGAUGAGUAUGAUGAGUACUUGGAGAUGGCUCAAAUAAUGUCACGCGGAUGUCUCCAGGUUUUUUGUGACGCCAUGGUAGAGACGUAUAAGUACCAAUAUCUGCGCAGACCAACAUCGCAUGAUAUUAGGCGGUUAUACGAAGCACAUGAGGAAAUCAGACAUUACAUGCCCGGUAUGUUGGGCAACCUAGAUUGUACACAUUUCGUAUGGAAAAUGUGUCAAGUUGAGUUGAGGGGCCAGUAUAAAAGGGGUGAUCAUCAAUACCCCACGAUUAUGAUGGAGGCGACAGCUUCUCAUGAUUUGUGGAUAUGGAACGCAUUUUUUGGUCCUCCGGGUUCACUAAACGAUAUCAACGUUCUACAGCAGUCUUCAUUGUUUCUCCCCGAGCGCAUGGGCAUGACGCCUAUCUGCCCAUUCACUGUGAAUGGCCAUACGUACCCACGUGGCUAUUAUCUAGUGGAUGACAUAUAUCUGACAUGGUCUACUUUUGUUAAAGCCUACAAGUAUCCAACCGAUCCGAAAGAGAAAAAGUUCAAGCGGCUACAACAGUCAGCUCAAAAGGAUGUUGAACAUGCCUUCAGUGUACGUUCUCAAGCAGAAAUGGGGUAUCCUUUGUCGACCGUUUCGACAAAGGUUAGUGAAAGCAAUAAGGAACCUCAUCUAUGCGUGUGUCAUAAUGCACAACAUGAUUAUUCAGGACGACGGUCACGCUAUCAGUCUGGUUCAUAUUGGAGAUCCCCGUGUCCAACCUAA